UACAUAUAUCUGAUGAAAAGUUUGGUUGACCACAGAAGUUAAAAAACACUACUUGCUUAUCAAUUAUCACGAAGCCUAUAUAAAACCCCAACCAAUCUCUCUAAGCUUUCACCUGUGUACUAAAGAGGCUAUCAAUGGCUGGUGGGUUUUCUAUAGAAAGUGAAAAUGUCCAAAGCAAUGGUAAGAUAACCCUUUAUGUUGUGCUGUCUUGUAUGAUGGCCGGCAUGGGAGGUCUCCUCUUCGGCUACGAUAUUGGAGUAGCCGGAGGGGUGACUUCAAUGGAUUCAUUUCUGAAGAAGUUCUUCCACAAAGUGUAUAUCCAGAAAGAAGAAGCCAAAGUCAGCAACUACUGUGUAUUUGACAGCCAACUCUUGACCUCUUUUACAUCAUCUCUCUAUGUUUCUGGCCUUGUCACUACCUUCUUUGCUUCUUAUGUCACCAAAGCCUUUGGCCGCAAAGCAUCCAUUGUGGCCGGCGGCGCCGCCUUCCUGGCCGGCACAGCUCUCGGAGGUGCAGCUUUCAAUGUGUUGAUGCUCAUAUUUGGAAGACUUUUGCUUGGAGUUGGGGUUGGUUUUGCAAACCAGGCUGUUCCUUUGUAUCUAUCUGAAAUGGCACUACCACGACUAAGAGGAGCAAUCAGCAAUGGCUUCCAAUUAAGCCUUUGCAUUGGUCAGUUGCUGGCUACCCUAGUGAACUAUGGAUCAGAGAAGAUUGAAGGUGGGUGGGGUUGGCGUGUGUCUCUAUCCGUGGCAGGUGUACCAGCCUCAGUACUAAUACUCGGUGCACUUUUCCUCCCCGAAACUCCAAACAGCUUGAUCCAACGAGGCCAUGACCCUCAAAAGGCCAAGUUACUACUUCAGCGAAUUCGUGGUACAGAAGAUGUACAAGCUGAACUUGAUGAUCUCAUAAAAGCAAGUUCUUCAAAAGCCAACAACAAACAAUCAUAUAAGAUCAUUUUCAAACGAAGAUACAGGCCUCAGCUCGUGAUGGCAGUGGCCAUGCCAUUUUUCCAGCAAAUGACAGGGAUAAACGUGAUCGGUUUCUAUGCCCCUUUACUUUUCAGGACAAUUGGGUUAGGAGAAAGUGUGUCACUGCUUUCAGCUGUGAUGACAGUACUCAUAGGUACUGUGGCAACAUUCUUAUCAAUGUUCAUAGUUGAUAAGCUAGGAAGGAGAGCCUUGUUCAUGAUUGGAGGCAUUCAGAUGUUUGCAUCAGAGGUUAUAAUUGGUGGCAUAAUGGCCUUUCAUCUGAAAGAUCAUGGUGAACUGAGCAAAGGGUAUGCUCUUGUGGUUAUGGUUAUGGUGUGCAUAUAUUGUGCUGCGUUUUCGUGGUCAUGGGGGCCAUUGGGUUGGUUGGUGCCGAGUGAAAUUUUUCCUUUGGAGAUUAGAUCAGUGGGGCAAAGCAUCACAGUGGCAGUGAGCUUUAUCUUCACUUUCGCUGUUGGUCAGACUUUUCUGGCCAUGCUUUGCCACUUGAAGUCUGGGAUUUUCUUCUUCUUUGGAGGGUGGGUGGUGGUCAUGACUCUAUUUGUGUACUAUCUUCUGCCAGAGACCAAACAAGUGCCGCUUGAACAGAUGGAGAAAGUGUGGCAAGAACACUGGUUUUGGAAGAGAAUAGUGGGUGAAACGAGUGAUGAUAAAGAGCAUAAACUUGAGAUAUGAAUGUGAUACUUGAAGGAAGUUCUGAAUCAAAUGUUCUACUGAUGUUAGCUUAAUCAUUUGUCUGUAUAUCAAAUGUACUACAAAGCAAUAAGAUGGUUUUCAGUUUGGAAUUGUUAAAACAGUUUUCUCCACUCUUAAAAA